AUGUAUCAUGCCAAGAGUUGCAUCUCCACACGAUACAAACAGCAGCGUUCGACAGACAUCGCAGCCCAAAUUCGCAAUAGAAAGAUCUUUGAUCGCCAAUUGAGUACAAAAGUCUCUGGACAUUCUGUAGAAUGCUGGUUUCAAACUCAUACUCAGUCACAAAAUCAUCGCUCAGAAGCAAAACCCUCUACCAAAACCACUUCUCAAGCCCAAUUCUCCAACUCCUAUCAAAAUGCACUUCUCAACCCUCGCCCUCGCCCUUCUCCCACCCUCACUCUAGCAGACUUCCACAUCGACAACCUCCGCAACACCGUCGUCAACAGUCCCGGCGGCCAAUCAAGCUGGAUAUCCGUCGUCGCCUGUCCCUCCAACUACUGGAACUGCAAAUGUCUCACCAGCGGUGACCGCACGGGUAAAGUCGACGGCACUCUCGGCGACAGUGUAUUUUCCAUCAAGUCUGGUUUCUACGGCAUUGGAAAGCUCAACUUUUACAAGAGCGGCAACACCUUUCUGAUGUAUAAGGAUGGAGGUGAUGGAAAGGUCAUUGGGACUUGUUAUUGGAAUGCUGGUGACGCUGGAAAGGUCUGUGGUAUUACUGGGGGUAGUACGACUGUUACUGGAGGGCCGUGUGUUCAGUCCCUUACAAAGUCAUGCCUUGGCGUUCGACAUUUCACACUCGUUUACUCGCUAACUGCAUCCAUUCGUUUUCAUCAUGCGUUUUUCAGUACAGUCUCUCGCCCUUUUCUGGUCUCGACUCAAGCAGGUUUCGCUACCGCGGGACUAUGCAGACCGUCGACGACUGCUUCACUCGCCGCUCCCACUAUCACCACCACUACCCUCGCUGAGUCGACUACUACAAUAGUCGCAGCAACCACUACUACAACAACCGCCCCCGAAGGAACUGCCAUCGUCGCAGUUCUUUCCGACGGAACCGUAACAGAUACCUAUCUCACCUCCAGCCUGAUCCUCAGCGAUCAAGGAGACAUCCCUGCACGCUUCACCCUUGAGCCGUCAACCGGUCGCCUCACCACCACCACCGCCGAUGGCACGAAAUACUACCUCCAAACCGUCAUUCCACUGGGUCCCCAACUUUCCUUCCAGUUUGAUACGUGUCAAAACAUCGUGAACAACCAGUAUCGAUACUUUGUCAAAUGCGAUGUCGUCGCGGGAUUUCUAUCGUGCGAGUCUGAGAGCGGUUCGACGCCUAUUUAUUGGCAUAUUGAGAGCAACAACAUUUUCUAUGGAAAUGAGAAAGUGCUCACUGAUGUCACUACUGCUCAGUUCAGGUUCCAGUAG